AUGCAGAUGGCACAGUUGCUAACUGUGCGGCUGAACAAGUCCGACCAGCAGCCGCUGGGCUUCCGGCUGCAGGGCGGGAAAGACUUCGGCACACCGCUAGUUGUUCAAAAGGUGAACGGUGGUAGUUCUGCGGAGCGUGCAGGUCUGCAGGCUGGCGAUGCCGUCAUCCGCGUCAACAACACCGAGGUGUACAAUCUGCGCCACCAGGAGGCGCAGGACGCCAUCCGAGCCGCCGGCACUGCACUAGAGCUCACCGUGCAGCGCGGCGGUGGCACUUGGCGGCCAACAGUGACUCCGACUGGUAGCCUGCCCCGGCCGGGCUCUCGACCGCUGGGCGCCGCGCCCGCCCCAGUCACCACCACCAGCCUCAAGGCCACGCCCCAGCCCAACCGCAACUUCGGCUCCGGACACAACAAUGUCGCUAAACCCUUCGGUUACAUGAACGGCACGGACUCUGGCAAAGGAUUGGUGAACAAGCAGUACAAUAGUCCUGUCAAUAUGUACAGCGACAAGACCAUCGCAGAGACCCUCUCCGCGCAGACUGAAGUACUGGCCGGAGGCGUGCUCGGAGUCAAUUUCAAGAAGAAUGAGAAAACUUACGAUGCUGAAAAGAGCGCAGUAUUUAAGGUUUUGCAAGAGGAGCAGAAUGACCCAGAGCCAGAGGUGGGCGGAGCGCCUGCGCCCGCGCCCGUGUCCCCCGCGCCGGUGUCGGGGCUGCGGCACGUGACCGCGCCCGUCACUAGGCCCGACGCGCCGCUCAACACCGGCGGCCUGCCGCCCGGACAGAACAUUUGCGAGGAGUGCGAACGUCUCAUCACCGGCGUGUUCGUGCGCAUCAAGGAUAAGAAUCUGCAUGUGGAGUGCUUCAAGUGCUCGACGUGCGGCUCCUCGCUGAAGAACCAGGGCUACUACAACCUGAACGGCAAGCUGUACUGCGACAUCCACGCCAAGCUCGUGGCGCGCCAGAACCCGCCCGCGCCUAACCUCGAGCCCGUCACCGUCCCACCCGGCGGCAGAGUACCGACAAACACCUAUUCAACGCCCCUGCCCCCGCUCGCCACCAACAACUAUACUAAUGGAUCCUCUUCCAUGUUCAGUCCGUCAAGCAACCUGUCGAGCUCGGGUCCGAAGCCGUUCGGUUCGUCGCUGGGGUCCGCGUACUCGCCGUCGCUGUCGCCGCGCUCGGCGCCGCUGUCGCCCGCGCGCCCGCUCGCCGCCGCCCCCGCACCCGCCCCCGCACCGCCCGCGCCCGCGCCCGCGCACUUCGCCGCAGCGCCCAUCUCCGCACCCGCCCCCGCGCCCGCGCCCAGUAAGCGAAUAUCAAAACAACUAAUUUUCUUUUCAUUUUCUUCCUCCCCAUUUCUAACCUUUGUGAAUAAUCAAAUACUAAUAGCACAAAAUGUUAAAAGUAUAAUAUGGCCACCGCCACCGAACCCCCCCGACGAUGACGUAACUGACGUCAGACCGAAAUCUAUUGAACGAUCAUUCACACACGAUAAUAAGGAUGUAUAUUCUAAAAACGAAAGUGCAGUGAAAUCAGAGAUGAUCAGUAAUCUACAAAGUUGUUCUGAGACAGUAUCGUCUGAGCAAACGGCUCUGUCUUCUAAUGUAUCCUUCAGUGCGGCCACCAUGUCCACAGCCACUACAACCUCAUCUCAAUCCAGCUCCAUGGUUCAGUCUGUGCAGUCCGGUCUCAUACAAGAAACCAAAAGCAGUAUUCAGUCCUUCACAGAACACGCUUCCUCUCAAAAUCAAAGUAUAUGCGUUUAUGAAUCGCAAAUAAACCCAAAAGGAUUUAUUCCAUUACCUUUCGAUGAAAAGUUAGAAAGUAUGAUCAAUAACACUAAAUUGGCAAAUACUAUAGAGGAGUCGUCUAUGUCAGAAAAUUUUAUGAAAACGCAUUCGAAGCAAGCUGCAACUUUUAAUGAGGUACAAUGUGUUACAAGUGUAGGAUCAGAUAAACCCCAAAUUAAAAGUAAAUUAGUACCAGACAAAGGAACUAUACAAACUUUACAACAAACGACUACCAAACAAGCAGGAACUACUUCGAGUGUAAAAAGUAACUUCGAGAAACAAACGCAUUUGGAAACGCAAGAGAAAAAGUUUAGUAAGAAUAUUACAGGUUCUAUGACAGAAGCUUUAACAAUAGCACCCGAGAGACCGUAUUCACCUUUACCAUCGGUUCAAGCAACCGAUCUACUGAGUGUUAACACCAGCCACAUGCAGACUCUAUCAGAAACUUCGAAUGUACACACCCAAUUAAAUAAGUUAAAUCCAAUGGAGCAACAAACAAAACGUGAUAAUCCACCAAAAGUUGAUAAUAAACCAUUCAAAGUGUCAAACAAAAAAACAGUGCAAUCACAAACGACUGUAGAACAGCGGUCCCAGAAAUCAAACUCCCAGAAAAAUGGAUCUUCUAAGAUUAAUGAACAAAAGCCCUCUAUAGUUCGCGGCUCCCUGAGAGAUGCACUAACAAUAGCUCCCGAUAGGCCAUAUAAUUCUUUAGGUUCUACAACUUUACAAACAUAUCAUAUAUCACCAUAUACAGAAACUAGUCCGUUGCCAGAUAUCAAAUCUCACAGCGAGGUGGAUAAUGCAUUUGAAUCGUGCCAGCUAAAAGAAGUCAAUCAACCCGUAAUGCAACAGAACACAAAGAAAAUGAAAUGUUCAUCAGAAUCGCGCUCAGCGUUUAAACCAGUGGCCAAGCAAGUUUUUCCACCUCCAACACCUGAAGAAUUCGCUAACCUUUCUAAUUUAUCCACGGAAGCUGGGCCAAAUCAUUCAAAUAUUGAAGAACAGUCUCGAGGAAAACGUGAAAUUAUGAAAGCUAAAACAGAAUCAGAUCAUUUCACUGCAACAACUACUAGCAAUAUGAAUAUACAUGGUUUUUCUUCGGUUAAAACAGCACAAAGUUAUUUCGAGCAACGGGAUAAAACAGAGACUUCGACAUUAACCUCUGUUAAGCCUGCUUUCUGUACUCAAAUGACGACUAACAUGGUCCGUUCUAAUGAAAAUGCCUCGCAAAUAGUUUCACACAGUGGCUCCAUGCCAGAAUAUCAGAACACACCUGCUAGCACAAUUAAUAUAAGACAACCGGUUCAUCAAGGACCAUCUAUGCAGAAGGAUAAUCUGCCCUAUCAAUGUUUCCAGCCAGUCGUCGACGAGGCCUCUAGAAAUUCACCCAUACGGAGUCGACCUACUACACCCAGUUUAAUCAAUAAGCCUGCUCCUAUCAUCCCGCAUUAUCAAAUGAAUCUAGUAACAGUAGAACAUAAUGCUCCCAAAAGUCAGGUGUAUGAGCCAUCAAGUACUGAAGCUAGUCGUUCGUCAACACCUAUGUUAAGGUCACGUUCGCCGGGACAAGGACUUCAAACCAGUAAUUUAAAAGCCCACGCACCUCGUAUUAAAGAGCCCACUUCACAGAUGCAACAAGGUCAGCAUCUAGCUCAGGCAAAUUUAAAAUCAGACCAUGAGAACAGUCAAAGAGACUUUCAAACAAACGUAUGUUCUACAUUCAGUGCACAAAGAGCCCCAGAACAGUCAGUUGUAUACGAAUCAAGAGGUUCAAAAUCAGGACAUCAAAUAGAAAAAUACGACAAAGGAAAUCUGAGUUUCAAAGAAGAUUCUAUGAUAAAUCAAAAUUACGGUCAAAAACACAUGCAGUCGCAAAAUGUGGCCGAAUAUGGAAAUACAACGGUCCACACUUCGAAAAAAACAUUUGAGGAAUUUGAACAAAUGCAAACUGCUAAGGUCAUAGAAAUUACGAAGGGGGGUUCGAUUUCCUGCGACUCGUAUCAAAAACAAAUCGAUUCUAAUAUUCGACCAUCUAACAUCUCCAGACAAGUUUUCCCACCGCCUGUAAUGAAUUUACAAGCCAUCCACGAAACGUCGCCACCUAAUAUUACUAAUGAAUCUGUCGCUACCGCUAACAGACCAUCCGAGUUUUAUAAACCACUUCCUUCAAUUUCUGGUGCUAACCAAGUUCCAGUGUGUGAUCCUACCCCGUCGACAGGUUCGAGUGUAGGAGGCGCCGCUCGUGGCAAAACAUUCGGGGUUUCAUCCGCGCCCAAACGAGGCAGGGGAGUCUUGAACAAAGCCGUACUGCCAGGCUCUCGCGUGCCCCUUUGCGGUUCCUGCAAUGGGAACAUUAUAAACGAUACGCAGAUUCACGGCAGUCCGGUUAAAGCAGAAUUCAAAAGCCAAGCUGAGGAGAGACUUAUAAGAAAAAUGGCAAAAAUGGCACUCAAUGGAUACGAAAUAGGAAUUCAAAGGAAAAUAAAACCCGCCGAUCACAUUCAGAGCAUGGCGAAUAAAAUUCAAGAUACCGUUGUGACCAAACAUCCUCUCAAUUCAGAUACUAUUUUAUCGGAAAACAAUAGUCGCGAAAGCACGUUACGUAGACCACUGAACAAAAGUUUUGAUGAUGUAUGUAAAACACCUGAAAAUAAUUACCUUAAUAAAACUACAUCGUCACCAUUGUUCAUCGAUGAUAAUAAUGGUUAUCCACCUGUGCCUCCUCCCAUACCCAACACUCCCGUGCCGACAUUCGAUCCUCCGAGCCCAACAAUCUUAAACACAUUGAAUACACACACCCCUAAGAAACAAACCGACUAUCCAUUGAAAAAUUCCGACACUAAUUUAUUGACUUUAAGCAUACUGCAAUCAUUAAAUAAUUCAGAAAAAUCAUCAAAUGGAAGCGACUAUUCAAGCAGCGAUGACAUGUACAAAGAAAAGUCUGAAACUAACAUAAGCAAUGGUAAUACGUUACGAAAAAAGUCUAGUUUUGAAAAGUCCUCGUUUCUUGAUGGAAUGAAUACCUCAAAUCAAGAUGUAUACAGGACAGAAGUUAAAAAUGAAAACAGCUUUUCCAACACUCUAAGCAAACGGAAACUUUUUGAAAAGAUCGAAGAUACUAAUCAUUCGGACGAAAUAAAAAGCAAACCUACUAACGGUUGGUCAGAACUCAACCAAACUAACUCCCUUCGCAAAUCACCUACUGCGGAGAACGGUAAGAACGAUAUAAAAAGUACAGAAGAAAUUACAAAGAAAUUGCCAAAUAAUUUGUACGACAAUACACUUUAUGCAUUUAAAUCUCCUAAAGUGGACAAUAAUGUAGCAAUCAACUUCGAAAACAACGACGAUGAAUCUAAGACGGACAAUACAGAAACCGAAACAGUGGUGAAACGCAGGGAGAAGAAGAAAUUCAGAAACGAUGACGGUCGAAGAGAUUCUCGUAUUGUUCAACGUCCAUUGAGUACGAUGACGUCAGUGGACGUAGCCGAGGGACAGUAUCCUGUUUGCCACAUUUGUGAGAAAGCUAUAACAAGGGGUCCGUUUAUAACGGCGUUGGGCCGCAUCUGGUGCCCGGAGCACUUCGUGUGCGUGAACGCGACGUGCCGCCGCCCGCUGCAGGACAUCGGCUUCGUGGAGGAGGGCGGCCAGCUCUACUGCGAAUUCUGCUUCGAGCAGUACAUCGCGCCCGCCUGCGACAAGUGUCAUGCCAAGAUCAAGGGUGAUUGUUUGAAUGCGAUCGGUAAACACUUCCACCCUGAAUGCUUCAACUGCGUGUACUGCGGCAAGUUGUUCGGUAACAAUCCGUUCUUCUUAGAGGACGGCUUGCCUUACUGUGAAGCAGACUGGAACGAGCUUUUCACAACAAAAUGUUUCGCUUGCGGCUUCCCCGUGGAGGCGGGCGACAGGUGGGUCGAGGCGCUCAACAAUAACUACCACAGUCAGUGCUUCAACUGCACGGUGUGCAAGAAGAAUCUCGAGGGACAGAGUUUCUUCGCCAGAGCGGGCCGACCUUACUGCAGGAUACACGCCCGCUAACGAUCCCCAACAGAUAAUGUACAACUCUGACACUGUUUACUCCACCACUGUAUUCCGACCAGUCUCUCUUUCUCCCACUAUAUUCCCUGACUUAGAAACACCGCCGCAACGGACGAGGAAAUUGGAAACACCCCUCCACUUCGAUGGAGGGCUGUUUUCCGACAUAAGAAGCUCUGAUGGCAAGUUACUUAGCAAAGUAACAGUCGAUCGAAUGCACAGUUCGACGCGUCGCGACGUAGUCGACACGCCCCAUGUAUCGGAGUCAAGCGAUGCGCACGGCAAUAAAGACUACGUCGAUGAUAUCGUCAAAACUGAAACUAUCACCAACGAGGACGUCUUUAAAGUAAAAUUCACACCAGUAUCAUUUGAGCUAGACGGACCCCAGCAAGCUACAAAAUUAAUAAUCGAACGACCACGAACACCGGUUAUUCGUCCAACGCUUAUUGAUCGGCCGAUAACUCCUCUAAAUGUUCCAAUGACGAUCAUCGAUCGUCCAACAACACCUUUGGAUCGGCCAAUAACACCUUUGGAUCGGCCAAUAACACCUUUGGAUCGGCCAAUAACAUCUUUUGAUAGGCCAAUAACACCUUUCGGUCGGCCUAUAACACCUUUCGGUCGGCCUAUAACACCUGUUGAUGGUCUAAAAACAUCUUUUGAUACACCAAUAACACCUUUCGAUCGUCCAAUAACACCUAUUGAACGUCCAAUAACGCCUCUCAGUGUUCCAAUAACAUUUUUAGAUCGUCCAACAACACCUUUCGGUCGUCCAAUAACACCAGUUAAUAGACCGAUUACACCAGUCAAAAUAAUUAGUAACGACUACGAAGAUUUACAAAGUUACAAAAUAAUUAAAACAUUAUUAAAAGAACAUUCUAACACAAAAACCGAUAACUUAAAUUAUUGGGAUGAUAAAGUGAACUUUAUUGAUGUUAAGUGCGACGAGCCAGUUAAAAGAGCUCAUAGUCCUUUGGCUAAUUUCAUUGUAUCUGAACAGUUAACUAAAAUCGAUAGCUAUUUGCAAGAAAGUUUGAAUGUAUGUUCUGAAAAUAGUACAGAAACCAUUUCACAACCGCCUAAACUAGAUGAAGAAAGAGAGACUACGGAAGACAUAAAACAAGAAAACAAUAUUAACAGCCAGAAAAACGAGGGAAAUACGAAAAAUAAUGUAAAGGAAUCGACAUUAAAAUAUAUUGCAGUUGAAGAGUUUGAACCAUCAUCUCUCAAAGUAAACAGUGUCAAAGCAAAACGUCCGGGAGUUGUAAGCGCUAUUCGCAACAUGCCAAUGCAUUACCACGCUGCGAUUUUGUGUUUCUUUUUAAUUGUAUAUAACCUUAUUUAUCAAUAUAUAAAACAAAAUCACCAUGGCAUUAAGAAAUAAAUUAUACUAUUGUUAUGAAAAAAUUGUACGCAUGUAUUAUACUAGUCAAGGAAAAUAAUCAAAGAAAUUUCAAAUUACGUUUUUAAAGUCUAAUUCAAUUAGU